AUGAAGUCGCGCAGCUCGAGUCCACAGACUUCUCCGCAGGUUGUGAGGAGAUACCGGGUCGACACCGCCUCGACGGCAGGAGUUACAGCCAGCCCCAGUCAUAGUCUACGGAAGACGAGUCUACGAAUAGAAGAACUACCGCAGCUCGCCAUGAAUGGCUUUCAACCUUCCAGCUCGCCUUCGAAUGGAAACACAUCCGUCUCGACCGCACCAGGACUGCUCAGCCCCCUUCCGAAUGGUUCACGAAGACUCAGCGGCGACAAUGCCAGCACCCCACGGUCAGACUCAGCACACGUAAACGGCCUCACACCAAGCCCGACACCUAACGGCACCUCAUCCCCCGGCCCAGAGAACUCCCCAGCAUGGAGCUCAGCAGUUGGCCACGCAACAACGUCGGGCAAAAGCGGACGCGUUAUCGAACGUUUGAUGACAGAGAACGACCGACUGAAGCGAGAAGUCAAUGAACAGCGCAUAAAAGGCCAGGAGCUGGAAAAGAGUCUACAGACCUACAAGCCCCAGAUCGAGGCGCUGAGGCAAGAGAACGACAACCUGAGCCACGCUAGGGACGUGGACUCCGGCUUGAUCACUCGACGAGAUCGUAAAAUUGAGGAGAUGAAGGCGGAGCUGGUGGUGGAGAGACAACGGCGGGAGAAGGCGGAGACGCUGGCGCGGCAACGGCAGCAGGAGAAGGACGAUCAUGAGGAGCAGAGCCGGAGGGACAUGCAGCAGAUGGUCGAGAGCACGAAGCACGCUACGCUGCACGCGGAGAUCUUGGAGACGAGCCAUCGUCAAUUAGCAGCGGAGUAUCGGGCGCGAGCGGCGGCUUGGAAGACGGAUCUUGGGCAGAUUACGGAUGCGAGGGAGCAGGAUCGGUUGAAGUUGGCGAGGUUGGAUGUGGUUAGUGAUCAGAUGCGGCAGGAGCUUGAGCGGGCGCGGAAACUCAAUGGGGAGAUUAUGGAGUUGUGGGAGGGGAUGAGGGGGGAGAAUGAGGCGCGGUUGCAGGGGAUGGAGGAUGAGACUAAGAAGGAGAACGAGAGAGUGCGGCAGUUGAGUGUGGAGAUGGAUCGGGUGGUCGGGGAGAUGAGGUGGGUUAUGGGGGUGAAGAGGGACGUCAAAGACGCGGAGGUGUGA